AUGACGGAUGUUUCUGCUUCAGAUAACAAGGUCGACACUUUUCUCUCCAGUCUAUCACAACUCUCACAAGAGAAAUUACGAGAGGAUCAGGAAAGACAACAGAGAUUACAACGAAACAUCGAUGAAUUGCAACUUCGACUGAGGAGUAAUUCACCAAUCAAGUCGUCCAUGAGCUCUUCCAAUGUGUCCUUGGGGAAAUCACAUUAUGGAUACAAUAUCCCUGACUUGAAGUUCAACAGAAGUAAAAUUGCCGAAAAGGAAGUUCCUAAACAAGAAGAACAGGGGGGAGAAGAAGAUGGCCCUGCGUUGCCUAAACGACCAGCUAGAUAUGAUACUGAUGAUAAGGCACCACCUCCAUUGCCAAGACGGAAGUACAAGGAGCAGAAACAGGAAGAUGACGAGGAUGAUGCACCAGCAUUGCCAAAGAGAAAGACCGCUAAGGAAGAAGACAAGGCACCGGCAAUGCCUAGAAGAAAGAAUCAAAUUGAGGAAAUCAAUUUGUUGAAUCCUGUGGCUAGGAAAUCUUCGUUUCCAAUGCCGAAGCAGACACCUGCCAAACCUGCCAAACCUGCCAAACCGACUAGUGUUAAACCGGAAUUGGAAACAGCGAGACCAACAGUGGGUCAGCAUAGAUCAUUCAGAGAUAUUGAAAACUUGAUCAAGUCAGGAGACACCACCCAAAAGACAACUCCAACUCCAAUACCAGCAUCAACACCAGCACCAGCAUCAGCAUCAGCAUCAACACCCUCAUUGACGAAACAGACACCACCACCACGUCCACGUCCUCGUCCACCACCAAAGAAUCUUCGGGAACCAAUCAAAGUCCAACAACCAGCAGCACCAUCAACUCCUGUCAAACCGGUAAAGUCAGAUUGGCUCACAUCGUUGGCAUCGGCUAAGACCACCACCAGUACUCCCCAGUCACCGGAGUCCAGGAAUGGGAACAAGUCUCCUGUCAUGGUUAAACCAAAGGAGAAGGGUGGUAUUGAAGACGAGGAAGCUGAGUUCAUUCUCAAGUUCAAGGAAUUGAAGGCAACAAAGAAGAAACCUCUUCUUCCUACUCCUAAACCUGUGGAGAAGCCUGUUCCCGCAAUUCCUCCAGUUAAGAAAUCCAUUGAGAAACCAUUGAAGCCUGUGUCGUUAAACGAAAAGAAGGGCAUCAAGGAUAGUAAAGUCUUUGAAACCAAGGAGGAAGCUGAGUUCAAGUCCAAGUUUGAGAAGCUCAAGACGGGUCCAGUUCCACCACGUAAACCAAAGACGUUGUCGUCGUUCAACGAACCCCCACCAGAGUUCCAGAACAAGUUUAACAAGAUUGCAGCCAAAUCACCACAGAAACUACAGAGGCCAGCCACCACGGGGUCCUUGGGUAAUUACAAGGAUAAGGACACGGCUGAGUUGAGAUCACAGUUGGAGAAGCUCGUCAGUGCUAGAAACAAGGCAGGACCAAUAGCAUCACCAACUAAGGAUGUGGGUGUUCCUAAAGAAGUGGUUGCAAAGAAAACGGACACUCAAUCGAGUGAUGAGAAGCUUGUGCAUCCCACAAAGGCCAGAACCAAGGGUCCAAAGAGAAGACUACCAAAGACGAUGCUGAAGGGUGGAGAAGGAGAAACUGAAAAGAAGAAGACAGAGGUGGUACAACCAAAGACAGAGCCAGUUCCUGAGAUCAAGACCAAGAAAGUGGGUCCACCGGUGAAGAAACACACCAAACCUAAAGAGAUUGGAGAGUUGAAACCAAGUAGCCGAGUAAAUGGUGAUUUCUUUAUAUAA